ACCUUCAGCCCCAUUGCUUGGGCUGCUCCCGUCGGCUUCGUCUGAGGACCAUGUGGCUGUUGGUAGCCCUGUCGGUUCUGGCUACAGGAAACGGGGGAAUUGCUGGUGCCCAGAAAUCUAGGCUGACCCUGCAUCCAAAGUGGGUCAAUGUGCUCACUGGGGACAAAGUGACCCUGAAAUGCGAUGACCCCAGUUCCCCGGGGAAUAUCACCACCACCCAGUGGUUUCAAAACAACACGGCCUUGGCGAUCAAGACCCCCAGCUACAACAUCCAGGCCGCCACCUUCAGUGACAGCGGGGAGUACCAGUGCCAGAUGGGGGGCUCCAACAAGAGUGACCCCGUGUGGCUGGAUGUGAGCCAAGAUUGGCUACUCCUGCAGACCUCUGGCUGGGUGUUUCUGGAGGGUGAAUCUGUGGACCUGAGAUGCCACAGCUGGAAGGACCAGCACUUGUUCAGUGUGACCUUCUACAAAGACGAAAGAAUAAUGAGGUUUUACAGGCGCAAUUCCGACAUCUUCAUCCCCCAUGCCACUCACAAUAACAGCGGGUCCUACUCCUGCAGGGGAUUCUUGGGCCAAGGAAACUAUUCAUCUAUGCCUGUCAAAAUCACAGUCCAGGCUGAGGGCCGCCCCACUAAACGAGAUGACGGUACAACACCUUCUUUGCUCUGGAUCCACAUCCUUUUCUACUUGGCAGUGGGAAUCCUGUUUGCCAUCAACACGGGCCUGUAUAUCACUCUGCGGAGAAGGCUCAGCACCAGAGACAGAUAGGAAGAGUCCAGAAAGAAAUGAAGAGAGUGGGGCCCAUUAAGAUUUUCUCCUGGAGGCCAAAAGCAGCAUUGACAACAUUGGAAGGGAGCUAUCCAACCCUGCUUCUCCCUCUCCUCCAGCUCAGACCCCCAGGAGCCCCCUGAGGCUGCAGUCAGAGUCAUCUCCUCCUUUCCUUCGCUCUCGUCCUCACACUAGCACUUCUGAACCAGAACUCUUCCUCUUCCUUCCCAAGGCUUUCUCAUCGCUGCAGACACCACCAACCUUCCUCCCUCCCUCCCAAGCCCGGAACCUUGGUAUUACCCUUGACUCAUCGUUCAACCCACACCUUCGAUCUUUCACCAAGUCCUGUCGGUUCUCCCUUUGCAACAUCUCUAGGAUCUGCCCCUUCCUCUUCACCUGAACUGCCACUAUGCUGAUCCAAGCAUUUACCAUAUCCCACUUUGC